AUGCAUUAUAGCCAAGGCGCUGAUCCGUCCAAUAUAACAAUUGCUGAUCUUGCAAUACCGGACACAAUGUGCUCCGUAAAGGGAGAGGGCGGUUACGAGUGUCCGGAUAAUAUGAUCUGUGAAAAAAUCAAAAUGACUGCAAAGGAAGAAGGAUUUUAUGGAAUGUUUAAUAAUUUUGGUAUAGUUCAUAUCAAGUUUUUUAAGAACGUAUUCAUUGCCGUUAUCACGGAAACUUUUGCCGAGAUUCGUGUUCAGUUCAGCGAAAUGUGGCAAAAAAAGGAGGUGGCAGUGGACGGAGGAUUUAAACAGGUUAUUCAUCCAUGUUUAACGGUAGCGUAUUCAUAA